UUGCAGUUAAUGGGUUCAUGGAUCACCUAAUUUUGUGCACUGACACUAUUGCCAAAUUUGGGCCUCCCUCUGGUGAUAACUAUCAACACAUUUGAACAUAAGGAAGAGAUUUAAUAAUCAGGGGGUGAUCACAAUGCCUGAACAUGCGCCAUCUCCUUCCCCAAGUCGGGCUGUGUAUGGGUUUGUUUUGUAUUUGGGGUCAUGUUCAGCUCUGGGUCUGUACCUCAUGUGGGCAGUAAUGCCAGAUCCUGUCUUGCAUUCUUUAGGGUUGACUUAUUGGCCUCAGAAAUAUUGGGCUGUGACUCUACCCAUAUUUGGGUGUGUGCUCCUUGCAGUAUUUGCCUUUCUGUUUUACCCUGGUCUUAAUUUCAUGCUUGUACCUGCUGUUGAUGACUUACGUAAUGUUACUGACAGUCAUUCUAUACCUUUAAACGAAUCUUUGAUCACAGAAGUACCACCAGCUUCAGACCUUUCUUUGUCUGUAGUUUGUCGUGCUUUGUAUCUAAGAAAGAAUGAUACUGCCUCCAGUGAACCAAAGAGCACAUGAAAAGUGUACUUACGGAGCAAUUUAAUUUGUACCCUUUACAGCAGCAAUCGAUUUGUAAACAAAAGUAUACAGAGGUUAUUGAUAUUUUGAAAUAAAUAUUGUUCACAGCACCAAAA